UUGAUCGUGGGUUUUGAAUUUUUGCCAUUUUCCUUUGGUUUUUGAAAUGUUUUGUAUCCACAGUUCAUGAUAUAAAAUGAAGUUGACAAAACCAGACCAAGGCUGGUCUUGGUUGGUACUCGGAGCAUCGUUUGGAGUCAUGGUCAUCAAUGGCUGCCUCGGACAAGGCAUCGGAGUGGUACAUCUCGCCCUCCUCGAAAACUUUAAUGAGGAUAGCACGAGGACAGCGUUGGCUGGAUCUCUGUUUGCGGCAACACAGUCAUGUGGAGGUGUGUUUGCUGGUUUUAUCAUUAAGAAGUACAGUUGCCGGGCAGCAACUAUAGCUGGCUCACUGGUGAUGACCGCUGGGUUUCUUUGCUGCGUCUUCAUCAACACUCUCGACUUAGUGAUACUGUUUUAUGGGGGUAUAGCAGGCGCUGGUGCAGGAUUGACAUACACGACCGGAAUAAUCGUGAUUGGGUUCAACUUUGAGAAGAGGCUUAACCUUGCUGGUGGCUUAGCCCAGUCUGGUGUAGGUUUGGGUGUAUUGUGUCUCUCCCCGGUUGUUCAGGAGAUGAGGGAAAUGUUCGGAAAUAAAGGUUUCUUCUUCAUCCUCGCUGGCAUUUCUUUACACCUUUGUAUAUUUGGCACUUUCUACUUUCCAUCACAAUUAGAGAAAAACACAACAGCUACUGAAGGUUUGGAUAUGGAAAACGGGACAACCAAUGUAAAAAACGUGACAAUGAGCUCGACUAGACCUAUGGAGACAGUCCCUCCGUUGGAUACAAUUACCAAACAAAAAUCUGUCAUAUUUCAAAUAACUAAUGUCUGCAGAAAUAUUCCAUUUGUGAUGUUAUGCUGUAGUUUGUUUUUCGCCCAUUUUGGGAUAUAUAUAAUGUUUUUGAAUUUGCCGAACUAUGCUGUCGUAAAUGGCGCUUCAGCACUUCAGGGAUCGAUCCUCAUCUCCGUCUCGGGUGUUAAUUCAAUCAUAGGGAGGUGGCUCACCGGCCUGACCACAAGUGGUAACGAGGUGGAUGAAGCAUUGCUGCUGUUCGGAACACUCUCGGUGUUGGGUGUAUCAAACAUAUGUUUGCCUCUCUAUGGACACUCAUACGAGGGGAAAGUCCUAUACUCUGUAUUUCUAGGUUUAUAUAGCGGCUGCUGCUUUCCCUUGCUCAAUGGACUGAGUUUACGACUGGUUGGAUUACCAUACCUGGCUACAGCGGUGAGCGUCGAGAUGUUCUCUGUAGGACUAGGGAUAUUGUGCGGCCCUCCGUGUGCAGGACUAUUUCUCGACAGUGGCGGGACGUACGAUCAGUGCUUUAUUAUCACAGGAUUCAUCAUAUUGGGCGGGGCUAUGUUUACCUUGGCCAGUGAAUAUUUACGAACAAGACGAAAAGUUGCUGUUGAAGCAACACCUGACACCAUAUUACACUUGUAGAAAAGUAUUUUUAAAGUUUUGAGUUUGUUUAGUGAUGAGGAAUCAGAGUGUGGUCGUCUUCUUCAUAUUUAUUUAUAUACAUAUUACAUAUACAAAUGUAUUUACAAUAUAUGUACAGAGUUAAAACAGUACAUGUUUUUGAUGUUGGGAUAUUAUCAAUAUCCCAGCCUAAUGGCCGGGAAUGGAUCCGAACAAGUCGCCUGUGGUUUUCAGGUCUCUGUUCCUGUGUGUCAUAUGUGAGUCGUCUGUGUGUCUACUCUGAGUCGUCUGUGUGUCUACUGCGAGUCGUCUGUGUGUCUACUGUGAGU